AUAUAGAUAUAUAGACAUAUAGAUCCUUUGAACUCUUUCGAAAAUAGCUUUUGAAAAACGGAAGUGCACCCAAUGAUACCAACCGAAUUCGUUACAAGUUUUUCUUCCUCUAGAUAGUUUUUUUUUUUUAUUUUUGCCGAGUUGGCCAGCUUGGCUCGAUGUAAAAAAAAGAAUGCGAUCAACAUCGCCUAAACGUCAAGAGCGAAGAUGGCGGCGAAUGGCGGUGUACGUCUGCUGCUCCUUGUAGUUCUUUGUAUUUUUCCCACGGAAUUAUGCAACGGCGCGGCGACGGACAUCGAGUUGGAUGCCAAGGCGCAGCUGUUGCACCGGCUAGACAGCCUCAAUCUUCUCCUCUAUACUUUUCUACUGAUCUUAACCGUUCUAACGAUAUGGAUGUUCAAGCACCGCCGCCUCAGGUUCCUCCAUGAAACUGGUCUGGCUGUCAUUUACGGUUUAAUCAUAGGAGCGAUAAUACGCUAUGGUUUCACGACGAGCAGUACUAUUCUGCACAUGCCAGUGGUUCCAGACAACACAAGCAAGUACAAUCAGUCUGUACCGCCAGACUCGUUGUGGCUACGUUUUCCCGAGGACAAAGGAGGCGGUAUCGUGAAAAACAAAACAUUUGCAUACUCGUUCCGUGGCGAAAUCUACAAGGAAGAUAAUGAAAUCGACCUGAAGGCAACUUUUGAUCCUGAAAUAUUUUUUAAUAUUAUACUACCUCCCAUCAUUUUCCAUGCGGGAUACAGUUUGAAGCGGAGAUACUUCUUCAGAAAUCUGGGUGCAAUUCUUAUGUAUGCUCUGAUAGGAACCUCUAUAUCAGCUUUUGUUGUUGGAGCUCUGAUGUACGCCUUCGUGCAACUGAUACCGCAUCUCUCCACGUCGUUCACGUUUCUCGACACUCUAUACUUCGGCGCUCUGAUAUCUCCCACGGAUCCCUUGACGAUAAUAUCCAUCUUUAAUGACUUACACGUGGACGUUAAUCUGUACGCUCUGGUCUUUGGUGAAAGUGUAUUGAACGAUGCGGUCGCCAUUGUACUUAGCGGCUCGAUACAGAACUAUGCCGAGCGAUAUCAGUCGGGAUCAGGCGGUUUCGAGACAGUGGCAUUCUUCCAGGCGUUUGGAGACUUUGUAGGAAUAUUCAGUCUGUCUUUGUUCAUCGGUGCUACCAUGGGUUGCAUUACCGCCUUACUGACAAAGUUUACCAGGGUGCGGGACUUCCCUCUCUUAGAGUCGGCGUUAUUUGUCCUAAUGUCCUAUAGUACGUUCUUAAUCGCUGAAGCUACCGAUCUUACAGGCGUGGUCGCUGUUCUAUUCUGUGGAAUUUGCCAGGCUCAUUAUACGUACAACAAUCUGAGUCCGGAUUCGCGCCAGCGCACGAAACAGCUGUUUGAACUACUGAAUUUCUUAGCCGAGAACUUCAUAUUCAGUUACAUCGGCGUCUCGAUGUUCACCUUCCCGAAGCACCAUUUCGAUCCCGGCUUCAUCUUUGCGGGAUUUUUGUGUGCGUUAUUGGGUCGUGCGGCUAACGUGUAUCCGUUAUCUUUCAUCUUGAAUCUAGCGCGAAAGCCAAAGAUAUCGUUGAAUUAUCAGCACAUGUUAUUCUUCGCGGGAUUACGCGGCGCCAUGAGUUUCGCCCUCGCCAUCAGGAACACCGUGUCAGAUGCUAGACAGGCUAUGCUCACUACAACGAGUUUGAUCGUUAUACUGACGGUUAUUCUGCAAGGUGGUGGAACGACGCAAUUUUUAAGCUGGUUCAAUAUUCCAGUUGGAGUAGAUGAAGAAAUAGAAGGGCUCUCUCACAAUGGAACACGUAAUUCUGGCGGCGAGGUUGGCUACGGUGAUCUGGACGUACGUAGGAAAAGAAGUCUGCCGUAUAAUUCUAUGCAGGAUGGAGCGUUGCCAGGCAGUAGCGGCGCCGCGAAGCCUAACGAAAAAGCGUUACUCGCUAGGAUCUGGGGCGAUUUCGAUACCAAAUACAUGAAGCCCUUGUUGACACACUCCAGGCCUACGUUGCUAGAAACGUUGCCGGUCUGUUGCAGUCCGUUAGCGAGAAUCCUCACGACUACGCAACAGAUGACGCAGGAUGAUGUUGCGAGAAAAGCCGAUUCGGAUUCUGACUUUUGCCUGGAAGAUCGUGAAAUGGAGCGACGCAGGACCAGUGUUCAGCCGGUGAGUUUUCAUCAGCCUAGUCUCAAUUACACUGUUAACCCGUGCUAUCAGCCUAACAACAGCACUACAGACGUCAGCACUAAUCCGGACGAGCCCUAUCUGGGGACUGUCAUGAUGAUGACGGGAGAAGUUAGUCCGGGACCACUACUGCUGCAUACACGAGUCGCCCUGCCAGGUCAGAUCGGCAGACACUUGUAAAAUUUCUCUUUAGCCAAGCCAAGUUCAAUCAUUUUCGUUCUCUUACCUCAUUCGCUCGAGUUGCGUCCGGUCAGAAUCAGCUGCACGAUGAUUUUAGAAUUGUACGAUAUACGUAAAUAUUAAACCAGUUAAUUCGCGCUCUUUUUUUAAUAAAAUUAUCGUUUGUGUUAUACAUUUAUAAAUAAUAGAUUAUAGAAUAGAAUUAAUAAACUGUAGUUGUCUCGAAAAAAUUUUCCAUCUAGCUAAAUGCGUAUACAUUAAUUGUAAAAGGUCAAAACCAAUCGAUAUUCUAAUGUCACAACGUGCUGCUGAUUUUGAGGGCGAGCCCCUCUUUAAGUGAUGAAUGUAUCGAUCGAAGAUAGUCUUUUGCGUUAAAUACAAGUAUCACGAUUGUAAAUGUUGGAACCGCUCAUAUUUAGGAUAUGAGGGCUUUUGUGGAGCUAGUCGUGCUUCCUGCAAUUUUUAAUGUAAUUUGCCGAAAUGAAAAAAAAAAUGGAGUACAUCUCUUCAUCGGGAAAGAUUUUCGUUAUAUAUUACAGUUUUAUUGCUUCGCGCCAAGUAGUAGAUAGAUUAAUUUUGAUAUAAACAAUCAGGUAUCGUGUUGAUUACUUUUUUGUGAAUUUUAAUUCAAAUAUUCUCACUUAUAAAGAUCAUUAUAUAUUAUAUAUAAUGUUAUAAUAUAUCCAUAUAUAAUAUGGAAAAAAUUGUUAAUACGUCGAUGAAAUAAAGAUAUAUCUUUAUUAGCGCGAGAAUCGAUACGCAUCGAAUAUAAUGAUCUAAGGAAAACUAUAGAAUUCGAUGAAAGUUAAGUUAGCUUGUUAGAGAGAGACAUACGUAAUAAGAACUGUAUAUAAACGAUUCCUAAACUUGAAAACAUAGAUUUGUUCAUAGAUCACGAUUCUGUUAUAUCCUGUAUUAAUUUGCCGACAAGUAAGAAGGAGAUACGCGAGCAUAAACAGAUUUUUCGGUCUCGUAGAAUUACUUAAUUUUUAGAUACAAUCGCGGCGAAUUGACUUUGCCGUUCCGUACAAAGUAUUCUUAGCUUCAUGGAGUGCGGGGCACUCGGUCUCACAUUGUUUACAUUGUAAUACUUUAGGGCUGCUACAACAGCGACCCAUGUCGGAAUGUAACGAGUGAAAAAUCGUACGAUUUCUUCCUUCUCGCUAUAUAUAUAAAAAUACUAAUAAAAAUACUAAUCUAUUUCAAUCUAUAUAAUCCGAGAAAAAAAGAUCCUAAUACGAUCUCUUCACUUUCAACAUCGUAAUUUAAUAUAUGUUGUAUCGAAGGACGGUCGGAAGUCUCGGAUGUAACUUGAAGUUACAUCAUUUUACAAGACAAGUUUAUUUAGAAAGAUUUUUGUCAUUCAAUUUCUUUCGGAGGAGAUAUAUUUAUAGGCUUCUUGGCAUAGUUACGUAAUUCCGAUCGUGGUAGAGUAAAACUAUAAAUGUCAUAUUCUCCUCUUCCCAGAAGAAAAAACUCUUCUCUACCAGUUACGAGAUAAUUCUUAGAUAAGAAUGCAGAAGAUGCGAGAGAGGACUUUUAAUUUAGUCGUUGGCUGUGAAGAUUUGAUAGAAUUGUUUUGCGAACAUAGAAUGUAGAUAUUAGGAAAGUGAAUCCCUUUAGAACGGAAGGAUGUCUAAAUAGCGUUGUAUUUGUUAAGAACAAUGUAUCGAUUCGCGAAUUAAUUCCUCAAAAUAAACGUGUAUGUUAUGGAAAAGAUUGUUUUAAGACAAGUUAUUAUAUUGAUUUGCGUCGAUGUAACGAGCAGAAUCGCAAUGUAAGGUGGUAUCGCUCCUAUGUAUAAACAUAUAUGUUUGUGAAUCCGGUGUAACGUGUAAUAAAAAAGAUCGCAAUGUAUGUAUACAAUGAGUAUAAUAACGUUGUGAUAUCAUGUACGACACUUUGCAAUGUUUAAUAAAGUAUUUGUAAAAAUAUAA